CUGUUGUUUACCUGUCAUAGUGGUUCAUAGCAUCAUCGUUGAGUCAAGUUAUCCAAUAUAAGGUUAAGGUUUUUGUUUUCUUUCAGAUCUCUAUAUUCAACAUUAAAAUUGAAUGAAAUAUUAAUCGUUAAAUGUUUUUUGGUUUUUAAUUCAUUUAGCAAAAUGGCAUUAUAUUUUAAAGAACAAGAUAUUGAUCAAUUUCGUGAUUGUUUUUAUUUGAUGACAAAAACAAACGGUGGUUUAAUAACAAGAGUUGAUGAAUUGAAACAUGUAAUGCGAUCAUUGGGAAUGUCACCAACUGAGCCUGAACUUGAUAAUUAUUUUAAGCAAAAAGAAGAAAAAAUUACAUUUGCCGAUCUAUUAGACAUAAUGCAUACACAUUCGGUACGGGAAAAAAUCCCUACCGAAAUUCUUGAUGGAUUUCGUGCAAUGGAUCCUAAUCGUACUGGAAAAAUUUCUUUAGCCGAUUUUAAUCAUUUACUUUGUGAUUGUGGUGAAAAAUUAACUUCCAAAGAAUUUCAUAAUCUUCUUAAAGAAGCUAAUGUUCGUCCCGGUCAAAAUUGGAUUAAUUAUGAGGAUAUUCUUGAAAUUAUAGCUGCACCUGCUCCGGAUUAUUGAAAAAAAUUUAUCAUUAAAUAAAAAAAAC